CAAACUAUGGCAUGGAAGAACAAUACGGAAGAUCAACUCUACGUGCUAGUAAUCACCGCGCCAGUCAAGGUGCAGAGGCAGAACUUGAUUUACUUCGUUUAAGUCAGCAACAAGAAGAAUUGAAAGCUUCUAUUAAAUCAUUACAAAGCGAUGUGUUGAACUUGUCCGAAUUAAGCGCUACUAGUGCCGGUUCAUUCAUGAGACAUAAGUACGAGAGAUACAUGAAUGAAUCAAAAAUGGAUGUAAACCGCGAGGAACCUCCAGAGGAAGAAAUGGCAAAGACAGAUUCUAAAGAAGCCUUUGACGCUGUUUUCCAAGAUAAGAAAUCUAAACAUCCCAAAAUAUUCAAGAUGUUAAUGAGAAAAUCCCAAACUGAACCAGCUUUAAACCCAAUUGAACGCAAUUUAAAGCAACAGGAUGAAAUGGAUUGGGCUGAUUUUAAAAUUCUGAUGAAUAGAAUGAAUUCUUUAACCAGCGAAGACAAACAGUCUAGAACCAAGAGAGUUGUUAGAGAAGAAGGCAACUUAAUUGUUAAGCCAUUAGACUAUGUCACUGAAAUCAAUACCAAUGAAACAAUUGGUGAAGGUAGUGACGGCUUCAAUCUUUCAGAUGUCAGAUAUUCCAAGGUUGCUUCAUUCAUGGAACAUUACCAGACUAGCUCUGAUAUGAAUGAUAUGAUUUCAGACAUUUCCGUUAAGUUCCAUGCUUCCAAAUUAAAUCAAAUAAGAUGUGUGUUGUUGCACAUGUGUAAAUUCCGUAUUAUUGAAGAACCAAACAAGAUUCUGAUACUUAAACCAAAACUCAAGGAUGUUCAAUAUAAAGGCGAAGCAUCAAUUUACCAAAUUAACUACCUUUUUAAGAAGAUUUUGGAUGCCUUGCGAAUUCCCCUGGAGAUUGUUCCUGGGUUUUGGAAGAAACCUAAUGAGUUUUAUCACAAUGAACAAUUUGUCAUUAAUCAUUGUUGGCUCUCUAUUCUUGUUGAUGAUUCCUUCAGAGUUAUGGAUAUUUACAACUUUAAACACGGAAGUGUUUGUAAUGUCAAGAAAUACAACGAGUUUUACUUUUUAGCUGAACCAUUGAGUGUGGUGUCUACUUACAUUCCUUCCAUUGUUGAAUUACAACAUGUCAUGCCACCAAUUGAUCCAAACAUUGCAUUUUAUUUACCUAGAACUUACUCCGGAUUUUAUAAAAACCAUUUAACAUUCAAGAACUUUAAUAAUGCAUUAACCAGAUUAAAAGAUUUAGAAUUUUUCGAGUUGGAAUUGGAUAUUCCUACCGAUGUCGAGUUAUUCACGCUAGUUAAAACUGCAAAAGUCACCACCAAUGAAUUAAGUUUAUGUCAAGUCAAGUGGGUAAAUAAUAAGCGAAUAGCUAAAAUCAAGGCCAUGCUUCCAGACAAGGAAUCUAUUGGUGUACUCCAAAUCUUUGCUGGUGAAAAGGGAUUACAGAAACAUUUUGAUAAUAUUCACGAACUAGCAAUAGUCAUUCCAUUAUACCAUCAAGGAACAUACAAGCCAUCUUCAUUCGUUCAAAGAUUUCCUACCGUACAGUCCCAAAACAAUGAUUUGUACAUUACAAAACCACAAGUUAAUAAGCUUGUACUUAAAAAUGCCUAUAACUUUGAAAUUGAGCAGCAUCCAUCCCAGGGAGUCUCAUCUGUAUCAACUACUCGUGAUUUCAAGCUUGUUAUUGAAUCGCCACUGGGUAAGUAUUUCCCAUUGACCAAAGACGAUGAUUCGGUACCAUAUGGUGUGUAUUCUUCCAAUAUCAAAUGUCAAGAAACAGGUGUGUACCGAGGAUUGGUUAUUGGUGAUAGUGGUACCAGUUGGUAUGUGUUUGCCCAAUGGGAGUGUAUUGCUUAGCUUAACAUUAAUUUAAUAGAAUAAUUUGAUUUUCGAUUUUGGUUGCAAAGUAUUCGCACAGUAUAAAUUGAGCAGUUAUUUCCUCUCAAUUUGUUUUUUUUUACAAAAUUCUUCUUCUUUCUUUUUUAAUUUCAAUUUAUAUCAAAAUUCAUUUAGUUGAGACAGCAAACUUAUUAGGUACAUGAAUACCAGUUGACUGCAACAAGUUUUUGUACGCCAAAUCCAUAUCAUUUGAAGGGUUAGAGAAAUCAUCCAGCAUCAAUCAAACAAAAAUAGGUCGUGCAGUUUGGUGAAACAUAGAUGGGGUUGUGAUUGAGAAACAAGGUAAAUUAACAGAACAAUAUUUUGCUGUAUUUGCUGACUUGAUUAUAGGGCUUAUUUACUGGUUGAUUCAGCAAAUGUUUUGAGCAAAUCUUCUCCGUUAAAUUUCAUUGUUUCCAAUACCCAGGCGUCUACUGUUUCUAAGGAUUGGUGUAGC